AUGACUGGAUUUUUUACUACAAAUUGUUUUGAUAAUGAAAGUGAUCCUAAUUUUAUUUUACAUGAACAAGUUGAGGAAUAUUUAAAUAACCCUUCUAAAAAGCUUAAAAAAAUAUUUUUUAAUUUUUCUUUUUUGAAGGAAGAAAGAAAUUGGAUUUAUAUUCACUUUCAAGGAUAUCCAUAUUUAAUUAUUGGAUUACCUGGUUUAUUCCUUACUUCAUUACUUUCAAUAGCUUUAAGUCUUUCAAUUUUCCAAAAACAAAAUCGACUUAGAAAACGUCGACGGUUUGGAAAUAAAUUUUAUAUUUUGUUGUUAAAUAGAACAAUUGGGGAUUUAUUUGCCUGUUUAACAUCUUUAAUGAUUUCAAUAUAUACAAUAAUGUUUCCAGGAAAUAUUAAUACAAAAAUAAUGCAAUUAUUAAAUGUUUGUUUAAUUGGCUGUUUUUGGUCAACAAUGAUUACUUAUGUCUCUAUUUCUCUUUUAAAACUUUUUGGAGUUGCCUAUCCACUUAAAUAUCGUCAAAAAGUUUCAAGAAAAACUUGUAUUAGAAUUGUUCAAAUAAAUUGGGUAAUUAUUUUGUUAAUGAUUUUAUUGUCUUAUUUAAUUUAUUUAAUUGUUUAUAUUCCUUCUUUGAGUAAAUGGACAGGUUGUAGAGCAGAGACUUGCCUUCAAUUUUUUGUUUAUCAACCAAGAAAUUUUCUUAUUUCAAAUACUUAUUUAUUUACAAUUAGUUGUACUUUAAUUGCUGUUAUAUUUAUUCAUCAUCAAAAUAUCAAAGUUGAAUUAAUUUCAACAACAAAAACAAUUUCUUUUAAAAAUUCAAGUCCUUCAACAAACGAAAAUAUUUCAAAUAAAUGGAAUCAACUUACAAAUUCUUUAAAUAUUAAAAAUAAACAAAGUGCUCGUCGUUUACCUUUAGCUCCUUUAAUUACUGGACUAAUUACUUUUACAAUUUUUCAUGCUCCAUAUGCUUUAUUUGCAAUAUAUUUAACACCAAUAUUUACUGAUUUAUGUUUUUAUUUAAUUAAUUAUCGACUUGUCCAACGUUAUUUGGGUAUAGUUAGAUGUUGUGUUUUGUUAAGAAUUUGUUUGGAUGCAAUUUUGGCUUUUGGAACUGAUAAAGAAUUAAGUAAAAUAAUUAUUGGAAUUGUUAAAGAAGGAGAAGAUGAAGAGGAAGGAGGAUUUGAUAGUAGUAGUAGAAGUAGAAUAAAUACAAUUAAUAGUUUUGUGGUAAAUAUUAAUGAAAGAAAAAAUAUUAAAAAUAAAGAAGAAAAUAAAUAA